AGCGUUGAGGAACUUGAAAUAACAGUCUUCCUGAGAUGUGUCUAAGAAGUCUUCCUCUUCCUUUUAAAGCUGAGCCUCAGAGGGCUAAACUGGAAACCCUCGCCAACCUACAUCAUUCAUGACUCAUGCUGUUUUGAUUAUUACUGUUGAAAGUCAAGAAGUGUGAUACCUCCAUUUUUGUUCCCUGCUAUUUGCUGUUGUGCUACUACUCACUGUCAUUGACUCUAAGAUAGAAGAGUUCCUUUCAGCAUUUCCAAUAAGGGAGAUCUAAUGGUGAUGAAUUUCUUCAGCUUUUGUUUAUGUAGCUUCUCGGUGAAUAUUUGGAUGAAGCCAUUAAAUUAAUUGCUGUCAUCAUGAGCAGAAGCAAGCGUGACAGCAACUUUUAUAGUGUAGAAAUUGGAGAUUCUACUUUCACAGUUCUGAAACGUUAUCAAAACUUAAAACCUAUAGGCUCAGGAGCUCAAGGAAUAGUAUGUGCAGCUUAUGAUGCCAUUCUUGAAAGAAACGUUGCAAUCAAGAAGCUAAGUCGGCCUUUUCAGAAUCAGACACAUGCUAAGCGGGCUUACAGAGAACUAGUUCUUAUGAAAUGUGUUAAUCACAAAAAUAUAAUUGGACUUUUGAAUGUUUUCACACCGCAGAAAUCUCUCGAAGAAUUUCAAGAUGUUUACAUAGUCAUGGAGCUCAUGGAUGCAAAUCUUUGCCAAGUGAUUCAGAUGGAACUAGAUCACGAAAGGAUGUCCUACCUUCUCUAUCAGAUGCUGUGUGGAAUCAAGCACCUUCAUUCUGCUGGAAUUAUUCAUCGGGACUUAAAGCCCAGUAAUAUAGUUGUAAAAUCAGACUGCACUUUGAAGAUUCUUGACUUUGGACUGGCCAGGACUGCAGGGACCAGUUUUAUGAUGACACCUUAUGUAGUGACCCGCUACUACAGAGCACCAGAGGUCAUCCUAGGGAUGGGCUACAAAGAAAACGUGGAUUUAUGGUCUGUGGGGUGCAUUAUGGGAGAAAUGGUUUGCCACAAAAUCCUCUUUCCAGGAAGGGACUAUAUUGAUCAGUGGAAUAAAGUUAUUGAACAGCUUGGAACACCAUGUCCUGAAUUCAUGAAGAAACUACAACCAACAGUAAGGACUUACGUCGAAAACAGACCCAAGUAUGCUGGAUACAGCUUUGAGAAACUAUUCCCUGAUGUCCUUUUUCCAGCUGACUCAGAGCACAAUAAACUUAAAGCCAGUCAGGCAAGGGAUUUGUUAUCCAAAAUGCUGGUUAUUGAUGCCUCUAAAAGGAUCUCUGUAGAUGAAGCUCUUCAGCACCCAUAUAUCAAUGUUUGGUAUGAUCCUUCUGAAGCAGAAGCACCACCACCAAAGAUACCUGACAAGCAAUUAGAUGAAAGGGAACACACAAUAGAAGAAUGGAAAGAAUUGAUAUACAAAGAAGUUAUGGACUUGGAGGAGAGAACCAAGAAUGGAGUUAUCCGGGGACAGCCCUCUCCUUUAGGUGCAGCAGUGAUCAAUGGCUCUCAGCAUCCAUCGUCAUCUUCAUCUGUCAAUGAUGUGUCUUCAAUGUCAACAGAUCCGACUCUGGCCUCGGAUACAGACAGCAGUCUGGAAGCAUCAGCUGGAUCUCUGGGCUGCUGUAGAUGACUACUUGGG